AUGUCAGGACUGGUCCGGUCAGAGACCGGCAUCCAAGCCGACGAUGAAUCCACCGAGCAGAGCAUCCUCACGCGCAUGGCGAGAUUUCGAAAAAAUCCUUUCAAUUUUGCUCAUGAGAUCUCCUUGUUCGUGCGAGGAGUGGGAUGGCGCAGCUAUAAUGACAUUCUUGGCCAACCGGUCUUCUAUCCAGGCUAUACCGCAAACAUCAAGGCUGCAACCAUGAGCUCUCCCCUCCUGCGGCGGAAAGUGGUCGAAUUGACAGAAAUGCGACUGGAGAGAGAAGAGCAGGAAAACUACCUGGAUCAAAGCAGUCCAACAUAUUUACAAGAGAGGGAGAAGCGCAGACAUGAAAUCACGUCUCAACUAAUCGAGAUCACGAGCAACAUGGUGGAUAACAUGAUAUGCAAGAUGGAGAGCAAGCCAUACAUCCGCGGCGCAUUCUACAUGACGACGCAGCUACUCACCCGAGCUUACAGUGCGAUACAUGUGUCCGAAUCUGAAGUAAAGCGUCUACGUGAAAUUGCAGCACAAGCAGCCAAGAAGAACCAAUCGAUCAUCUUUCUCCCCCGACAUACCAGCCACAUCGAUUACGUUACGUUACACUUGAUAUGCUAUCGAUUAGGACUGACGCUGCCAGUCGUUGUAGCUGGAGAUAAUCUCAACUUUCCACUGGUAGGUAAUUUCUUGCAGAACUGUGGUGCCAUGUGGAUCAGGAGAAGCUUCAACGAUGACCAGCUCUACGGUACUGUCGUACAGGCAUACAUUGACACCCUGAUGCAAAAAGGGUAUAAUCUAGAGUGUUUCAUCGAGGGGACACGAAGCAGAACAGGGAAGCUCCUUGGGCCUCGGUUCGGCAUAUUGAGCUUCCUCCUUGAUUCGGUUUUAUCCGGGAGGACAGACGACGCGUACAUCUGCCCAGUGUCGCUGCAGUACGACAAAGUCAUUGAGGUGGAUUCAUAUGUUAAUGAGCUGCUGGGAAAACCCAAGCAGAAGGAGAACCUGGCUGACUUCCUGUCUUCCUCCUCUGUUCUUUCGCUCAAUCUAGGACGAGUAGACUGCAGGUUCCAUGAGCCGUGGAGUCUGAAGCAAUUCAUUCAAGAACAGAAGCUGCGGCAAGACCAGCCAGGUUAUGAGGACCUGAGUUCAAGUGCAGCGGACUCCAACUCCAGGAUUCGGUUACUGAGGACCCUUGGCUACAAGGUGCUUUCCGACAUCAAUGCGGCUUCGGUCAUCAUGCCGACUGCUCUGGUUGGUACGGUUCUACUGACGCUUCGUGGUCGCGGUGUGGGCAAGACUGAGCUGAUACGGCGUGUGGACUGGCUUUGCGCAAGAACAAAGGCAAACGGCGGAAAGGUGGCAGACUUUCAUGGCAUGCCGACAGCGUACGUGGUGGAAAGAGCUCUCGAGGUCUUAGGUCCCAAGUUGGUCGGCACAAUUGAUGGACUGGCAGAGGAAACAUUCUACGCUGUGGAUCGGUUCCAACUGUCAUUCUACCGAAACAUGACAAUACACUUGUUCAUUUCCGAAUCGCUGAUUGCAGCCUCAAUAUACACCAGGGUGAAACAGGGCGGCGGAAGCGCUAACCAAAGGAUGAAGGAAACGGAGCUUAUCGACAAGGUUACCUUCUUAUCCCACUUGUUCAGAGGCGAAUUCAUUUUUCCUGCUGGGCAAGGCUUGCGACACAAUCUGGAAGCAGCGAUGCAAGGUCUUGUACGUGACGAUGUGCUGUCAGUCUCUGGAGACGCCGAGCGGUGGGUCGGCUUGUCAGACAACGAACGCAAACUAGGUCGGGAGAACUUCGACUUCUACUGCUUUUUGAUCUGGCCGUUUGUGGACGCAGCCUGGCUUGGUGCAGUCUCCUUGUUGGUCUUGGUCCCCCCAGUAGGCUCGACCACGACUUGGAUCGAUUUGACUCUGGCACAAAAUACAGCUCAACUGGCCGGCAGAACGCUAUACCACCAAGGUGAUCUGUCAUAUUUCGAGGCUGUCAAUAAGGAAGCCCUCAAAAAUGCGUACAGUCGCUUCCAGGAGGAGGGCAUCGUCCUCUUGAGCAAGAGCAAAGAAUCAAAAGCCUCGACCAUGAUUCGACUUGCUCCAGAAUGGAUGCCAGAAAGAGAUCCCACUACAGGCGACCUUACUGCGUCUGGCAAGUUAUGGGAUUUUAUCGAGAGCAUCGCUCUACAUCGGCGAGAGGGGAAAAACCGACGAGAUGGGGCAGCGGUCUCCAGGCGUGUUUUGUCCCUUGCUGCCACGUUGAACAAGCAAAUCUUUGAAGAGGCCGAGUCGCCGACCAGUGAAGCGGUACAAGCUACUUCCAAAGGGCGAAAGAGGAGGUCCAAACUAUGA